CCUGUCCGUCAGCGCCAGGUGGACGCGGCGCUGCCUACCGGCCCGGCGCGAGAACCUGCUCCAGGCACCACCCAGCCAAGCUGGAUUUGAAGCGGUGACCUAAAGGAUCAGCGAGUCCCGCGCGGGGACGUGUCUCUUGGGCAGCAUGACCAGCGACGUGGUGGAGAACGAGUUCGAGUUCUACUCCAAGGCGGAGAAGUACUGGAAGGACGUGCCCGCCACGGUGGACGGCAUGCUGGGCGGCUACGGCCACAUCUCCAGCAUCGACAUCAACAGCUCCAGGAAGUUCUUGCAGAAGUUUCUCCGAGAGGGGCCCAACCGGACGGGGACAACGUGUGCCCUGGACUGCGGCGCAGGGAUCGGGCGGAUCACCAAGCGGCUGCUCCUGCCCAUAUUCAAAACCGUGGACAUGGUGGACGUGACGGAGGAUUUCCUCACCAAGGCGCGGAGCUACCUGGGCGAGGAGGGCAGGCGGGUGAGAAACUACUUCUGCUGCGGCCUGCAGGACUUCAGCCCUGAACCCAACUCCUACGACGUCAUCUGGAUCCAGUGGGUCAUCGGACACCUCACGGACAACCACCUCUCCGACUUCCUGAAGCGGUGCCGCGCCGGCCUGCGGCCCAACGGCAUCGUGGUCAUCAAGGACAACAUGGCUCAGGAGGGCGUCAUCAUGGACGAUGUGGACAGCAGCGUCUGCCGCGACCUGGACGUGGUGCGGAAGAUCAUCCGGCGCGCCGGGCUGCGCCUCCUGGCCGAGGAGCGCCAGGAGAACUUCCCCGACGAGAUCUACCACGUCUACACGUUCGCCAUGAGAUGAGGGCGGCCGGCAGCGGCGGCGAGGUCUCUCCU